AUGGGUGGGGUGGAUAAAACAACACUCGCCCGGCUUGUCUACAAUGAUGAGGCAUCACGACAACAAUUUAAUCUAAAAGCAUGGUCUUGUGAUCUAAAGGAGCUUAAUCAACUUCAACUCCAACUGCAUCAGCAAUUAGCAGGAAAGCAGUUUUUGAUUGUUUUAGAUGAUAUCUGGAACAAUAACUAUGAUGAUUGGAACCCCUUGUGUUCUCCACUUGUGUAUGGAGCUCCAGGAAGUAGAGUGAUUGCAACAACAAGAGAUGUAUCUAUUGCACCGAUGAUCCGAAGUGUUGGAGUUGCAGAUCCAAAUUUGGAAGUCAUUCGGGAAAAGGUCAUAAACAAGUGUGAUGGCUUGCCUUUGGCUGCAAGAACUUUGGGUGGCCUUCUACGCUCAAAACUGAGGAGGACAGCAAAAUAUGGAAUUUACAAGGAUUAUGUAUUUCAAAAGAAGCAACUAGUCCUUAUAUGGAUGGCAGAAGGUUUAAUUAAGCAACGAGACAAUCUGCAUUUGGGGGAUGUAGGUGAAGAGUAUUUUCAAGAUCUAUUUUUCAGAUCACUUUUUCAAUCCUCAAUCAAUGGUGGAUUCAUAAUGCAUGACCUUGUGAAUGAUCUAGCACAAUUGGUCUCUGGAGGGAAUGUUUCAGAUUGGAGGAUUUAUCAAUGUUAUUACAUAAUCUCUAAGCUACCAAAUUCAAUAAGUGACUUGAAGCAUCUAAGGUAUCUUGACCUUUGUCACACCAACAUUAUAACUUUACCUGAGACAACAACCUCUCUAUGCAACUUACAGACUAUGCUACUAAAAGGAUGUGAUUACCUCAAGAAAUUGCCUUCAGAAAUGCAAAAUCUGAUUAACCUGCAUCAUCUUGAUAUGGAAGGCAUACAAUUAGAUGAAGGGAUGCCAUUGGGAAUAGAAGAAUUGAAAAGUGUUCAUACAUUGUAUAAUUUUAUUGUAGGGAAAGGUAAUGAAGACAGGAUAACAGCUUUGAUGAAUUUAAAAUUUCUUCAAGGGGCACUCCACAUUUCAUGGUUGGAGAGUGUGACUAAUGUGUCGAAUGUUACAGGAGCGAGAGCCAUCUUAAUGGACAAGGAGAGAAUAGACAAUGUGGUGAUGCAAUGGAUAUAUGGUGAAAGUCGUGAUAGAGUUAUACUGGAGAUGAUGAAACCUCAUGGAAAUUUUAAAGAGCUUACUAAAAUGGGUUAUGGUGGUACUGAAUUUCCAUCAUGGGCGGGGGAUCCUUUAUUUCAUAAUCUAGUAGGCAUAGAGUUGACGAAUUGUGAUAAAUGCACCACCUUGCCUCAACUUGGGCUGCUAUCCUCUCUCGAGGACUUGGUUAUCCAAGGGUUUUCUAAUGUAAUGAAUGUUAAUCGUGGGUUUUAUGGGGAGAGCAGGAGCAACUCAAAUCCUUUUUUAGCUCUUGAGACAGUUACUAUGUCUCUAAAGCUGAUUGCAUUUUUUUUUUGUUAA